AUGAAGAGGAGCAGCUGCUUGGUUUCGCUCUGCGGGCUCCUGGCUGCACUUUGUGCCGUCCAGGCCACCUACACACACUACUCGAUGUUAAAAUGUAGCUGCAACGGGAGAUCUCGGUACUGCCUCCCGGACGCCCAUGGGCUGCACUGCCUGGACUGCCAGGGGAACACUGAAGGAAGGCACUGCGAGCGCUGCAAGGCCGGCUUCUUCCUGGAGGGGGCAGCAAAGAGCUGCACGCCCUGCCGCUGCAACGCCACAGGUUCUGACAGUACCACAUGUGACAGCAGGGGGCGCUGCAGCUGCAAACAAGGCGUCACAGGAGAUAAAUGUGACCGCUGCCCGAAUGGACCGAUCGGACCAAACGGCUGCAAGCAAAGUCGUCAGCCCAGACAGGAUUCUGGGAGUUUGACCCCCCCGUGUUUCUGUUACGGCCACAGCAGCAAGUGUUCGGCUCAGUCCGGUUACUCCGCCCACAACAUCACCUCCACCUUCUCCAGCGGUCUGGAUGGUUGGAAGGCAGCAACAGCUAAAGGCGACACCCCCGACAAUGUUCACUUCCGCUGGUCACCCAAACACCAGGACGUGGAGGUGAUCUCCAAAAACAGCCUGCCACUCUACCUGUACGCCCCAGCUUCCUUCCUGGGGAAUCAGCUGCUGAGUUAUGGACAGAACUUGUCCUUCUCGUUGCGUCUGGACCGCGGCGUCCGUCACCCGUCCACCAAUGAUGUCAUUCUGGAAGGUUCCGGCCUCAAAGUCUCCGCCUCCCUCGGCGAUCUGCGAUCCACAGUUCCCUGUGGACAGAAAUUACACUACAGCUUCAGGCUGAACGAGGCUCCCAGCAGCAGGUGGACUCCUCAGAUCUCUCCCCUCCAGUUUCAGACGCUCCUCCAGAACCUCACCGCCAUCAAGAUCAGAGGCACGUUCGGAGACAACGGACGCGGUUACCUCGAUGACGUGAAGCUGUCGUCAGCUCGGCGUGGACAAGGUGUCCCGGCCCGCUGGGUUCAGACCUGCAGCUGCCCCCCUGGGUACGAAGGGGACUUCUGUGAGCGCUGCUCGGCCGGGUUCAGACGCAGCGUCCCCUCAGACGGAGCGUUCAGCAGGUGUGAGCCGUGCAGCUGCAGAGGAGGCAGCUGUGACCCCCAGACCGGAGACUGUUACUCUGCCGACGAGACCCCCGCAGACCGCAGCUGUACACUUGGGUUCUACAGAGACCCCUGGGACCCCAGCACCUGUCUGAAGUGUCCCUGUCCCGUUGGAGUGUCCUGCUCUCCAGCUCCUGGUUCACUGCGGCCUCAGUGUGACAGCUGCCCCCCCGGGUCCACAGGUCCCCGCUGUGACGUCUGUCAGGAAGGUUUCCAUAGUCUCCCUUUGAGAGGGGACAACGUUCAGACCGUCUGCAGUCCCUGCGAGUGUAACGGACACAUCGACGUCAGCGUGGCGGGAAGCUGUGACCGCGUGACCGGCGAAUGUCUGAAGUGUGUGAACAACACGAGAGGGCGGCGCUGUGAGGAGUGUGAGCGAGGCUACUACCACAGCCGAGUGACCGACGCCUGCAAACCGUGUAACUGUGACCUUCAGGGCUCCGAGUCCGGACAGUGUGAUGAUCUGGGCCGCUGUCGGUGCAAACCAGGCUUCGAGGGUCUCAGGUGCCAUCGGUCCAACUGUCCCGACUGCUUCGGCCCCAUCAAAACAAAGAUGGAGGGGUACGCUGCCAAGCUGAAGGAUCUGGAGUCCCUGUUCUCUGGAGGAGUGAAACCAGCCAGCAGCACUCAGAUGGAGACCGCUCUGAAGGCCUCGGAGAUGCUGGUGGAAGACCUGGAGGGCGACGCCGAGCUGCUCGCAGGACUGGAGAAGAACCUGCAGAAACGUCUGGCGUCUGUCAGCAAGAGUCAGCUUGCCGAGGGGCUGGACAUCCAGAAGAUCGAGGACGCAGCAGACAACAUCAAAAAACAGCAGCAGACCUACAAGACCAAGGUGGACCAGGUCAAGACUCUGCUGGAGGAGAUGAAACGCAAGAUGGACGAGGCCAAGGCCGACCUCAAGUCAGCUGAGUUUCCUCAAGGCGACGCCCCGCUCGGAUUGAACCCCCUCUCCUCCUUAGUGAAAGCAGCCACCAGUCUGGCAGGCGUACACCAGACGAAGGCUGACGUCGUGGAGAAAACUGCCAACGACGCUCUGAGCGACUCUGAGAAGAGUCUGGCUCUGGUCCGAACUCUCAUGAACAAAGAGAACAAAGUCAAAGAGCAGGUUGGAGACCUGAAAGCAAAGUACGAUCAGAACUCAGCCAAGGUGAGGGGUUUGGAGAACCGGGCGCUCGGACUGAGUGGUGACGCCAAAGGCGAGAGCAAGCUGUCGGAGAGCAUGCUGCGAGACAUCAGCAACAUGGAGCGAUCCAUCCCGGAGUCCCUGAAGGGGGCGGUCGACGCCAUGGUUUCCAGAGUGGACGGCUUAAAGGGAGCAGUUGACAUCCCAGGUCUGCAGGCUCUGCAGGACGGCGUGCAGAAAAACAAGGUCUCAGCCAUGGACAUGCUGGCAAAGGGCAAGGCUGCCGGAAAGGACUUCGGCAAGCUGUUCGACAGAGUUAACGUCGCCAAGGCGGACACAGAGGGCGCCCUGCGCAUCAUCAACCAAAACACAGACGAGCUGAACGGCGCCCUGAACAACCUGAAAGGCUUCGACCAGCAGAUCCUCAACGGCAAAGCUCUGGCCGACGCCGCCAUCACACGUCUCCCCGGCAUCAGUGGCACCAUCCAGCAGGCCGUCAAGAACAACGGCAAGACGUUGACCAUCCUGGGAGGCGUGACCGAUGGUUACAACAACGCACUGGGGACCAUCAACCAGCUGGAGAACCUGGCCAACGGUCUGGAGGGAUCAAUCAACUCUCUGCCGCCUCACACUGAUCUGCUGAAGGAUGUCACCAAACUGAACAACGAUGCGAUGGGUAUGAAAGUGAGCGUGGAUGGAGUAGUUGGAGAUGUGAACACUGAGCUGGACGCCGCCCGGAGGCUGGAGGCCGAAGCCAACAAGGUUGCUUCUGAUGCGACUACAGCUUUAAAUGACGCCAGACAGACCAGAGACACCAUGAGAGACACUCUACUAAAUAUCAACAACAUGCUGCUGAACAUGAACCAGGAAGGCCCCUUUGACGACACAAAGCUGAAGCAGCUGGAGGAAUCUGUGGCCACCGCUCAGAGGGAUGUGCAGGGCAAGCUGAGGCCUCGGCUUGAGGACAUGAAGGACAAGGAGGCCGCACAGAGACGCCUUCUGACCUUCAUCAACCGGGACAUCGACACCGUGCUGCGAGACAUCGAUAACCUGCAGGACAUCCUGGAUUCCAUCCCCCCAGGGUGCUACAACAGCCCCCCCAUCGAGGAGGCCUAAAGACCACCAAGAGACACAAGUUCUGGUUCCACAAAAACAAACACCUUCAACCCCAACACAGAGCUGAGCACUGUUCCUUCAGAGAGGCACCAACUCAUGAUCAUGACAGCUUGGUAUUUACAGAAAUAUGAGUGUUUGUAAAAACUUUAUUUAUGUUUCAUUUAUCGACGAGAACAAAGCUUUUAAAGAGGGGAGAGAGGAGAGAAAGACCAGACACAUAUCAAAAAUAAACCGGUAGAAAUAGCACAAUGACACCCUGGCAUGUAUCGUGAUAAGAUGUAUGUGUGUUUGACCACAGGGGGCGCCAAAUAGACACAAACUGAAAGUUCCUCACUGCAGCUUUAAUUCCUCAUUUAUGAUACAACUUUUUGCAACCCACGACCUGAACGCCGUCACAGCUGAUUGUUUUACAUUUCACAGGGACUCUUCUUCAGAUCAGCUAACGUACUAAACCCAGGAGCACUGGAACUACAGCUUGUAAUGUUUUGCAUUGUUGCACAUAUUUACGUCUGAUAAGUGUUAGGAUGACACGUUCAGGUUUUCUAGUAUAGAAAUAAUGGUAUUUAGAGCUCACAUCAAACUUUUACCUGACGUUAGGAUGGAUACUGUGGAACGAUGUUUUUGUGUUCAUAUUUCUGAGAAUGAUGUGAUUUCUGUUUGAAUGUAAAAGUAUUAUAUUUAUAACUGUACAUACAGUGCACCCUUUUUAUAAACUUCAGUGUUUUUAUGUGUUGAGAGUCCUGUUUGUGGCCGACCUGCAGAAAUAUUUAUAACUGCUUCAAUAAAACCUGCUGCACUUUUUUC